UAUUCUUUAAAAUGAUUAAUUUCUAGGGCCACGACACUACUGCAAGUGCACUGUGCUUUACUUUGAGUCUUUUUGCUAAGCACAAAGAUGUCCAGGAAAAUAUAAGAAACGAGGUUAGAACGAUUAUGCAAGAUGAUAAUUUAACGAUGUCAUCACUUUCAAACCUUUUCUAUUUGGAGAGGUGUCUGAAAGAAUCUCUUCGUUUGUAUCCACCCGCCUAUUUAAUAUCUAGGCGAAUUUCUCACGAUAUACAACUGAAAAAUUAUUUAAUUCCAUCUGGUACUUAUUGUCAUAUAAGCAUUCGAAACGUGCACAGAAAUCCAGAAUAUUGGACAAAUCCAGAUGUUUUCGAUCCGGAUAGAUUUUUACCGGAGAAUAGUAAAGGACGUCAUCCCUAUUCCUACAUACCAUUUAGUGCUGGCCCGAGAAACUGUAUUGGUCAAAAAUUUGCAAUGCUUGAGCUUAAACUCUUUGUAGCUUUUAUAUUGUACAAUUUUGAGUUGGAACCGGUGGAUGAUCUAGAUGAUGUUACAUAUUUAGGUGGUGUCACCUUAGGCUCUGCGAAACCACUUCGAGUCAAAUUUAUACCUAUUACAUAAGUAUUUUCAUAAGUAUUAUUAAUUAAAAAAUUAAAAAAAAAUUUUAUGCAUGUGUAAAAUAGUUAUUUGUUAUUGGCGAAUUUGAUAAGAAAACAAAAAAAAAAUGAACUUUUAAUUUAUUUUGUAUAA